GCAGAGGGGGCGCUGGCCGGCGGCGGCUGCAGCGGCGGGGAGCCCGAGUCCGUCGGAUCCGGAGCAUCGCCUCAGCUGAGCGCACUGCGGGCUCGUACCCGGGCCCCGCCGCCAGAAUGAGUCUGCAGAUUUUAAGUGCAGAAAAUGGAGAAAAUGAAGGAAACAUCAGUGAUGAUCUAACAGCGGAAGACUCUGCCUUUUUCUUCGCGCCACCGGAACCCACAGGGAGACCUUCCAUUCUACGCCUGUCCCAGAAAGAAAACUUGCCACCAAAAAGCGUGGCAAAAGCUAUGAAGGUAACCUUUCAGACUCCUCUGAGAGAUCCUCAGACUCGAAAAAUCUUAAGUCCUACUAUGACAGACAAACUUGAGACUACUUUCACACUGGAUGACUGCAGUGAAGCCUUGGCGGGUGAUCUUUUAUCUACGCUUGACAAUGUUGACACAUGUCAACAGAAGACUGAAGCUGAAGCAAACAAUACAGUGGUAAAUACCCUAAUGCCAGAGAAAGUCAGUGCGGCUCCUUACCCAGAUGAUGAGAUGCCAGUGAAGAGUCGAGGUUCCUACAAUCUUGAUUUUGAUAACUUAAAUGGCAUCAAUCCCUUCCAGAGUUCAGCACAGUUGCAACAUUCUCCUGGAAAUCUGCAAAAGUCUCCUGUAAUAGUAUCUAGCAGCCCUGGGAAAACCUCUGAAAAAAGUAAUGAUUCUCACCUGCUGGAUGAUACACUUCCUUUUGCUUCAACCACAGCAAGUACAGAGCAAUCAAGUGAAGAGGAGAAGACUGUAUUAUCUGGAAAAGGAUCUGCAUUGAGAGAGCUGGAGCCUACCAAAUCCAAGCUGUCCCCUAAGCAAACAAUCAGUGACCCUGUGCAGGAUAUGAAGUCUGGUUCCACAGGUGUAAGCCAAAUUGAUGAUACAGUAAGAUUAGCAGAAGCGCCUACCCCUACUGUACAGUUAUCUGGCAAUUUAGCUCCCAGUAGUUCUGAUGUAACUAAUUCUUCUAAAACUGAGGAAUUGAAGCUUCAGAAUGUUUCGGUAGCAGAAAAGGCCUCUGCAGAAGGGUCAAAGCCUGCAGAAGACCGGGCUGUCUCCAAAGGGGAACUUGCGGAAAAGCCUGAUGUCACCAAGGCUGCACCAGUAAAACUGGAAUUUGACUUUGAUAAUGCCACUGCUAGAAAACCACCUCCUAAGAAGCUAGGUAAAAGACCUGGAAUUAAACCACCUUCCAAAAAAAUUCCUAUUACUAAAACAAAACCAGAGAAUACUGAAGUGCAAAAUAAAAAUAAUGUGGAAGAUGAAAUUCCUAUUCCCAAAGCAUCUUAUAACGUUGACUGGGACAAACUUGAUGAUCCAAACUUUAACCCAUUUGGAGGAGGCUCUAAGAUUUCCAGCUCAUUCAAGUGUUCUAAACCUAGCCUUCAGAACGCUGAACUGCAAGAGGAGCAGGAUAGCACAUCAUCAAGAAGUGAGCCUCUUCCAGUGGAGCAGGAUAACAGACCAAGUACCUGUGAAACUCUUGAGAAAAGAGAACCCAAAAGUCUGGAAAUCAGCAAACAGAGUGUAGUAGAAGACAAGCCAGGAGUUCAAGCAGAAGAUGAACUUCCAGGACAGAUGGCUAUGGAGAAGCAGAUGAGCCCAUCUAAAAUGUCUCCAGCUAAUGUCCCCUCUCAAGAUAAUUUGGUUUCUGCUGACAGUGGAGAAAAGUCAAUGUCUGCAAAAGAAAUUAAAGCUAGUUCCCACAGAACUGAGAUGACAGCAGAUGAGCAGAUGGCUAGCACUGAACCUGAUGAGCUCUUCAGACCAUCAUCUGAAGUUCUAGGAAUGGGCAUAGAAAUAGACUACCUGGAACAGUUUGGGACUUCAUCAUUCAAAGAGUCUGCCUUGAGAAAACAGUCGCUGUAUUUGAAGUUUGACCCUCUGUUGAGAGACAGUCCAAGAAAACCCAUUUCUGGUACUAUUGAAACAAACACAAGUAUCAUGGCAGUGCCACUUCAGUCUGGUCCUGUUGCUGAUUUAAGUAAAUUGCUUGAAGAAGCUGAAAAGCCUGCAGUGAGCCUUCCAUAUGAAGAAAAACCAAAAGGACUAGAUCUUCUGGGAACACUUACAAGUCCUGUAAGUGUGUCUGGAAUGGAAACGGAUCCCCUAACUGCAGAUUCCCUGAUUAGUGAUGUUUCUUCACUCCCUCUUGCUGCUUCCACAAACACUGCAGUGGAUGCUAUUAUAGAUGUGCUAAAAUAUAGCCAAAAAGACAUGGAUGCAGCUGUUGAGCAGGUUAAAAAAGAGGUUGAGGAGAAACAGUUGGAGACUCAGGAAUGGAAAAAGAAGUAUGAUAAGCUUCAUAUGGAAUACAAGGAAAUGGGAAAAAUAGUUGCUGAGUUUGAAAGUACAAUAACACAAAUGAUGGAGGAUGCUCAGAAGCAGAAGGAACUUUCAAUGAAAGAAAUGCAGAGAAUCAUGGAAGAGAAGCAACAAGUUAUUUCGGAUUUGAACUCUACAGAGAAGUCUUUCUCUGAACUCUUCAAACGAUUUGAAAAACAGAAAGAAGUGAUAGAAGGUUACCAAAAAAAUGAAGAAGCUCUGAAAAAAUGUGCUGAAGAAUACCUGGCUAGAAUUAAAAAAGAGGAGCAGAGAUAUCAGGCAUUAAAGGCACAUGCUGAAGAAAAGCUGCAACAAGCAAAUGCGGAAAUUUCUCAGGUACGAAGCAAAUCUAAAUCAGAGAUUGCAGCAUUACAAGCCAGUCUCCGCAAAGAACAAAUGAGGAUCCAGUCUUUAGAGAGGACCCUUGAACAAAAGACUAAAGAAAAUGAUGAACUAACGAAAAUCUGUGAUGACUUGAUCUUGAGGAUGAAAAAGAUUUGAUAGCUUAACUGUCUUGUAAAUGUGUCUAGUCUGACUUCCUGUCUUGUGUGCUCUACUCACUCUUUUAAUUAUAUAUGUGCAGAGAUAAAUAAAACUCUUGACUUGCACUUGAAUAUUAUUCUGUAUCUUUUGUAGGAAAUGUCAAUAAACUUAAGUUCAGUUGCCACUUUGAGUAGG